UUACAGAUUUAAUAACUCAUACUUCUAACUUACGUAUAAGCAGAGUUAUAGAAUCAAGGUUGUUAUUUGAAAUAACGUUUCGGGAGCGUCGUAUUGUCACAUCCAUUAAGCCGGGGCAGGGCGGAGCCUGGCCACGCCCCGCGCCCGCCCCGGGCCGCGCGCCGGCACCCACUCCCGGCUCCACGCCGCCGCCGCGCGACAACUUACUAAAACGAUUUACUCGCAAUCGCAUCUCGCCCCGUGCGUCCUAUCAUCUCCUAAAAAAUAACCUACUUUAGUGAACAUGAUAAACAACGCGAACCAUUUUUAAUAAAUUGCGUCAAAUACCAAUGAUCGAACUAUUCAUAGAUUGGUGCCUUAGUGGAUUUUUUUUCUAAUUGUUUUAUUAGAGUUGUUGUUAUUUCGGACCAUGUUGAGAAGCAGCAGACUGUGAUGUCGUGUGAAGGUGAGCGUGGGUGUGAAUCCUGGUGGAGUGUGCGUGUAUCGGUGCAGCGGUGAACGUCGCGACGGUGGCGACGGGCAGCGCGCGCGAGCGCGAGAUGGGCGGCGGCGGCAGCGCGGGCGGCGGCUGGGCGCGCGAGGCGCCCGCGCUGUUGAGCACGGCGCUGCUGCUGGGCGGCGCGCUGCCGGAGCGCCCGCCGGCGCCGCUCUUCACCAUCGACAGCAUCCUGGCGCCGCGCCCGCCGCCCGCGAUCCCGCCGCUGCAGCUACACCACCUCGCGCACACCACGUUCCACAGAGCGCACGAUCUCUUUGGUACGUCUGCAAAGAUGUUGUUCAUGAACGGAGUGGGCAGCAUGGGCGGCGGCGUGUCCGGCUCGGGCGGCUACGGGCUGUACGGCGGCUACGCGGCGGCGGCGCUAGCGGGGCUGGCGGGCCCGCCGCCGAAGCGCAAGCGCCGGCACCGCACCAUCUUCACCGAGGAGCAGCUGGAACAGCUCGAGAGCACGUUCGAUAAGACGCACUACCCCGAUGUUGUGCUACGCGAGCAGCUAGCGCUGCGCGUCGAUUUGAAGGAGGAGAGGGUUGAGGUGUGGUUCAAAAACCGUCGAGCGAAAUGGCGGAAGCAGAAGCGCGAGGAGCAGGAGAGGCUGCGCAAGCUGCAGGAGGAGCGCGUGUGCGGGCGGCUCGGCGGGCGCGCGUCUGCGCCCGCGCCGCCCGCGCUCGCGCACUCCCCGCUGCGCGCGCCGCUGCCGCCGCCGCCGCGCUGCUCCGACGACUCCGACUCCGACCUGGAAGUCGCUUGAGACCACCCCCAAAACAGACACUCGCGUGCUAAACGACUUUUAACUCAAUUACACGGGUACAGCUUCAGUGAUCAGUGAAAACUAUAAACAAACAAGUGAUGUGAACGCUGUUUUGUCAAUAAGUGCAAUCGAAUGGAACGGUAAAGUGUCGCAGAAGAACUUGAUGCAAUAUUUUUAGAUGUUGACACUGGGCGACUCUUCGCAACUUGUGUAAGUUUCUUGUGAAACGGUGCAACGCUGUGUCCUUUCACAAGAGCAACAGACGCCAGUAUAAUUAAAUGCAACAGAUUUAACAACUAGUAGAAUUAGGUAAUUAUCUAUAGUUCGAGCACUCGACAACUGUGUGCUAAUAUUUAUUAUGUGAAAAAAUAGUAGGUAGUCAUAUUGUAUAUUUUAGACUUUAAGGUGCCUAUCUAAUAAGCAAAUGUAAUUAGAUUAGAUAUGCUCCACAGAAUAAUCGAAUAGAUAAUUGAUGUAACAAAUAACAACAUAACAAGUUCUAUUGAGCAUUGAAUUCAAAAACUUUUUUUGUAUUUUUAGACCUAAAAGUUUUCCUGGCCAAAACGAGUAUCUAAGUUACAUGACAAAUGACGAACGAUAUAGCGAUGGAUACAGUCGACUUAAGUUUUCAUUUAUUUAUCAAGGUACAGUCACCAUCGGAUAUAUCAGAAGGCCCAAUAUCGCUCCGAUAUAUAUAAUGACGAAUAACAAUUUAUAUUUUCUUAUAUUCUUAAAUGUACUUAUUUGCGAAUUGAUAACAGUUGUGGAAUGUGGAUAUUUCAUUUUAUCAAGCACUCGUUUUUACUAGAUAAACUUCUAGUUCUAACAACUAUGCCAACUGGAGUUCUUAAGGGGCCCACUGAUUAAGAGUUCGCCUGUCACUUAUUCGCGAUUGUCAGCUUUUGCAAAUAACUGACAAGCCGAUAUCGUCCGGCGAACUGGUAAUCAGUGGCCCCCUUUAGAACAUUUUGUGGCAGGUGGAUGGUUCAGUGUAGGAAAUUAUUGCCAAAAGUUACUUUUUUAGUCAUUAACCCGUAAUUUGACCAACUACUGUAACAUUCUUAUACGUUUUAAAUGUUUUUUAGUGCUCCGUACAAAACUUUGUUUACGGAGCACUUAUGGGAUCACUUCGGUACCUAAUGCAAAUCAGUUAAAUGCAUUUUUAUACUUCAGUAGGUAUACAUAAUUACAUAUGUGUUACAUACGUUAUGUACAUACAGCAAUAGGCAAUAUCAACGUAUCUGUCAAUCAGACUAGAUGACUUAUAAAAAAAAAAUUUGAUCAAAGGGCCCACCACGAGAAUCUAAAUAAGGUACGUUAUCUAUUCUGCCUUUCAACGCUCGAAUAUGCAACAGAGGCAGAUAACGAAAUUUAGACUUUCGAUUUUCGCAGUAGGCCUUCAGGGCGCCUAGCCAAGAUGACAAUCGUAUGUACAUAAACGCCAAACGAAAAGAAAAAAUGUAUCGGUAUGAAAGAUCAAGAUCAGUAUCAGACAUCAUCAUUGAAGGACAGCCAGGACUGGACAGAGUCCGAAAUGAAUAUGUACGAGGCUCUUUCAAGGUCGCCACCAUUGCAGAAAAGAUGGCUGAAAGCCGUAUGAGAUGAUUCGAGCAUGUGUUGAGACGUGACGAAGAGUGCGGUAAAAAAGGCCUUAGCCAUCUUAGAGGAAAAAAAAACGGCAAAGGGAGGCCGCUUACCACGUGGUGGAGAACCGUUACCAAAGACAUGGAGCGAGCGCAGAUCAACACACAGACAACCCAGGACAGAAAAAUCUGGCGCCUUCGAACGAGGAGGCCGACCCCAAAUAACGGGACAUGGCAAAGAAGAAGAAGAGAGUAGAGUGUCGGGACGAAAGAUGAUAACAAAUGUGAAUUUACCUAUCCAAUACAUCCAUUUAUGUUUCAAUUAGUGUUUUCUAUCAACAUCUUGGCUAGGCCCCUAGAUUAGAUGAGUUUCAUUGUGUACAGUUGGUCAUAAUUACUAUAUAGCGUAUUUUCUACGUUCGUGUACAUUGUACAACCUUGUAUAUGGAUUUCGAUUCUAAACAUGGGUAGUGGCUUGUCACGAUGUUUACUUAUUUACCAACAGGUAAGCCGUUCAAGAUAGAACAUAAAAUAUUUGUCUGUAAUAAACUUUCACUAAUAUCCAG